CGACUAAUCAACUGACACCAACACAUCCUGCUUAAUCGACAUCUAUCAUGUCCAGGAAUAACACUCAAAUGCACAUCACAAGCUCUCAAUUAGAAGACGGAUUUCCAUCGAUUACCAACAAUUUUCUGACAGUGACAGUGAACUUCAACUACGAUCCAUCGAAUCCUUCUGAGCCACCAACAAAAGUCCUGGAGAAGAUGAGUGAUCUGAUUGGCCAACAGAUUGCGAAUCUUCAAAAGGGAAAGGCACCAAAGGCAAACGACGACAAGAGCAAAGGUUCCAUGCCUACCGUUGAAUUCUCUCGGACCCAGUCCAUGACUACUCAACAAAGUUUGGAGGACGAUGAUACUCAACGAGAAAAUGUUCCUCUUGAAAAGAAAAAGAAGGGGAAAUACAGUUCGGAGUACGCUAAUCUUUUGGUGGAAAAGCCAACUCGUUACCGUUUGGUUCCAUCGAAAAAUGUGAAAGUAGUUCCAGAAGAUGAGCUCCCGAAGAAAAAGUUUGACAAGGAUCGGAAGAGAAGAGAGUACGUGGAAAUUGGAAAACUGUAUUCUAAAGAACCAAUUAUUGAUGAAAGUGAAGUUUUGAAAAAGGAGAAAGGGAAUACAAAGAGAAGAAGCAAGGAGACAGACCGUGCACCUUAAUAACUUAACUAGAACUAACAUUAUUGAUUAACUUGAAUAAAUAAUUU